AUACCUUCUCCAUCCGACGACCCAUAAUUCGCUCGACACACUACUCACUUCAUUUUAAGCCCGGCUCGCCCCUGCCGUGAGCAAACCCUAGCCGAUCGCCGCAGAGGAGCUCCUCGCGUCCGAGCCAUGGGGGCGUACAAGUACGUGUCGGAGCUAUGGAGGAAGAAGCAGUCGGACGUGAUGCGGUUCCUGCAGCGGGUGCGGUGCUGGGAGUACCGACAGCUCCCGUCGAUCGUGCGCGUCACGAGGCCAACGCGCCCCGACAAGGCUCGGCGCCUUGGUUUCAAGGCUAAGCAGGGUUAUGUGAUUUACCGAGUCCGUGUUAGACGCGGUGGCAGGAAGAGGCCAGUUCCCAAGGGUAUUGUCUAUGGAAAGCCCAAGCAUCAGGGUAUCACUCAGCUCAAGUUCCAGAGAAACAAGCGCUCGGUUGCAGAGGAGAGAGCUGGUCGUAAGUUAGGAGGCCUCAGGGUCCUCAACUCUUACUGGGUCAAUGAGGAUUCAACUUACAAAUAUUAUGAGAUUAUUCUUAUCGAUCCGGCUCAUGGUGCAAUUCGCAACGACCCUAGGAUCAACUGGAUUUGCAAGGGAGUUCACAAGCACCGUGAGUUACGUGGUCUCACUUCAGCUGGUAAGAAGUACAGGGGUCUUCGCGGCAAAGGUCACCUUCAUCACAAGGCCAGACCAUCUCGAAGGGCAACCUGGAAGAGGAACCAGACAUUGUCGCUUCGCCGAUACCGCUAAGCUACCUUGUCUGUCUAAUUUUGUUGCCAAUUUGAUUCUGCUUAAACUUGCAAUUUAAUUACUUUUUUUGUUAUCAUUGUCUUGAGUUGUUCUUGGACGACUCAAGUUUGUCAGGUUGCCUAAUGGUAUCCCCGAGUAUUGUGUUUGAUUUCAUAUGAUAAUUCAGAAAUGUCUUUUAUGUUCGGUGCCC